CCGUUGGCUAUUUCCAUAUGGGGAAAUCUCAGCGUCGCUUUAGUUUAAAAGCGACUGGGGAGAACACGGGCGUGCAGUCGACACAUUCCUCAUUCAUGCCUGCCUUAGUUGGAGCCGCUUGGGCUGCCUAUGGCAUUGCCGUUGGUGUAAGUGCCACGAUCUUGUGCUUGUCAACCUGGUCAAAGCUUAACCUGGGUUGUGUACCCUACCUACCAGGCGCUCGUCAUUUUCUGCAUAGGAUUCACCCGCCAUUACCAAGACAAACAUGAAUCAGAACUCUUUGCUACCAUUGUCACCAUUCUAGGUCUCAGCUUGCUCUUUGCAACGCUUGCCUUAGUUCCCGUCGAUAUCUUCCUAGUCUCCUCUACCAUUGAUUAUAGCACCGGUUUGAAAAAAGAGUGGGCUAACCCUGAUACCGUGUACUGGAUGACGUUAACCAUUCAGAUCAUCUAUUACAUCUGCUACGGGUUGAUCGGAGUCUUUACAUUCUUCGUCAUACCCUUCACCUACUUCUACUAUGAAGAAUCGGAUGACGAUACUACACCUGGACAGCGAACUGCAGCUGCCAUGAAAUACACCUCAUUUUUCGUGGUCAUCAGCAUCAUUUUGCUGUUGAUGGGUUUGUUUAUGAGGCAAGCCGAGCACAAGCACCCCCACAUGGAUCUCGACUGGUUUAAGCAUUUGCUAACUGAAAGCAAUGGUGAAAAGGCAAUUUCAUUUGUGCUUGCUUGCUUACUCUUGCUUGGUAUGCUUGUUUUCAUCAGCUAUACAGCUCCCGGACUGUCCAUCCUUCCAUUCAGCAUGAUCAAAGGCCGUCGUCGUUUGGAGACAGAAGAAGUUGAUGUUGAUGAUCGUCUAUCGGAAUGUCGCGACCAACAACGCGCCAUAAAGCUGAAGAGCUCACCUGAGAGCCUAUCAGCAAAGGACCUUCGUCGUUUAGAGAAUCUUGAAGACGAAGAACGUAUUUUGUUGCGCCGACGUCGUGGCAUCGAAGAAGAAGAACACAGUAUUUGGCAACGCAUAUUGAAAGUAGCUCGCCCCUUCGAGUUUGUUAUUGGUUUGGUCCUGAUGGUGUUGACGCUGGUCAUCGUAGCUUCUAUGUUCCUGACCAUUAUCGACAAAAUUGCCAACUCUGUUUGUGGAAGUCGAUGCGGUUACAUUAUCAGCCAUCCAGAUAUAUUCAAUCCAAUCAAUUACAUAUUUGUCAAGCUUUCCAAUUUCUUCCCACUUGACUAUAUUUUCAUGAUCGCCUUAAUAUUAUACUUUUUCCUGGCAACAAUGGCAGGGGUCAUCACUAUAGGUGUGAGAUUCCUUUGGGUUCAGCUGUACAAGAUCCAAAAGCGAGCAACUGCACCACAGGGGUUAAUGUGCUGCACCAUAUUACUUACCCUAAGUUUACUAGCCCUCAAUUAUACAUUGACGGCUAUUGUUGCACCCGGUUAUUCACACUUUGGCUCCCAAGUUUAUUGUAACAGCACAAUGAAUCGGCUUCGAAAUUGCACUGGCAAACCUGAAUUGAUUGUGCCUUGUGACAUCUAUGCACCCAUAGAUAUCUGCACACCUACUAUUAUCUCUACGCUCAUCGAUCGUAUAGUAGUGAACACGCCUUUUUUUGGCAUGUUCUAUUACUAUUCUCAAUGGGCGUUUUUGACCAUUUUCGUCCUUGGCUUCAUUGCCGCAUUGUUCCGUAGCCUAAGAAAUAAUGUAGAUGCCGAAACCGAUGAUGCCAUAAACGCCGAUGAAGAGCAAGCGUUAUUGGAUGAAGCUAGGCGUCGACAGCAGUUUCAUUAUGGAUCAGGCCAGAAUCCUAAUCCUGUGCUUGCUUCCACUGCACCCACAUCUCCGCCUUCGACAUAAUAAUUCGCUAUAUAUAUAUAUAUGCAAAUUUUCACAUAGCUCUGGCUGCCUCAUUUUAUGUGGAUCCUUGAAACAGCCAGCCAGCCUGAUAUGCUCUAUGUUGUUAAAAAGAAAUAAAAAAAAGAGAUCUUUUUUAUCUUUC